GCCCUCAGCUUGUACCCGCCUGUCCCGGGCAGCAGCAUCUUGAACGUGCAUCAGCUCGGGAACGUGGAGUCAGACCAGAGCCAUUGCCAGAUUCGACAGCGGGCCUCCUGGUUCAAUAAGGCCAGGCCUGGACGAGCCUUCACGUACCGCUUCGACUACUGGUACACCGGCAACCCGAAUUGCACUGCGGUCCCCAACUACCAUUUACCAUACCUGGGUGCUGCUCACCAAGAUGAAGUGACUUUUGUAUUGGGCCAGCCAAACUUCAUGGAGGAUGGCAGCUGCUGCGGCCUCUGGGGCCUUACCACACCGGACUGCCCGCACCUCACUCGCUGCGAGGCAUGCUAUGCCCCGAACCGAUUCGGCCAUGAAGGAUAUCGUGCUUACUUCAACGACAAGGAGUGGGGCUUUGCCCGAACCGUGGGCACCUUCUGGACCAACGUUGCAGCCAGCGGCGACCCCAACUGCAGGGACAAGUGUGACACACAACGCUCCUGGCCGAAAUUUGCAGCAGGAGGCGACGUGACUCAGAACAUCGUGCUCAAUGCCUCUCUGCCGGGUGGCUCGAUGGCUGAAGAGACCCCCCAUGGUCGCCCAGAGAUUUGCGCCUUUUGGGAUGCAGUCGCGGCUGACGUCGCGACCGAGCAUUCAGAGCCCUUGUACGCGUGA